AACCUCUAUGAAUUGUCUUUGACAGUUUUAACGUUUGUGAUGCUUGUAAUGAUACAAGCGGACGGUAAACAAUAUCAAAGCAUUGAAAUUAAUUAUAAAAUUAUGGGCGAAAUAAAAGUGUUGAAUUACUUGAACGAUCAGAAGAGAACAAACGCAGAAUGUACAGCCGAAUUGAUUGAAAUAGAAUCAUUGUUUAAUGAGCAAUCAUGGAAAGAGUUAACAAUGAAGAUACUUGCGCUAAUCAGUCAUCCUGCAUUCCGAAAUAAAGAUUGUCUGACCUUCGAAUUCUACAGCAAUUUCGUUUCAACAUUUGAAAAAAGACUAGAUCCAUAUGCACUAGUUGAAAUCGUAGGUGUUCUUACCAAUUUUAUUAGCGACAAAAGGAAGGCAAUAGAAAUUCUAGAAAGUGUUGAAGAUACGGUGAAAGGUUGUAAUGAAGCUGUCUGGCAUUGUUAUAUAUUAAAAGGACAAAUACAACUGGAUCAUUUCAACGAUGUGGUUGCAACGAAGAGAAUUAUCAACGCUUUGAGCUCAGCCCUAGGAAAGGCAUCUGACUUACCUGUGCAUUGGAACAGAUUUUUGCUUGCUACCAACUUCCUUCAUCGAGUGGUGGACGAGUGCAACGAGAACUAUCUUCGGUUGGAAGAAAAAUUCGUCAAACUAGAGAAUGAGUUUGAGAAACAAGGAAAAACUUUUGAAGAAAGACUGUUGUCGGUACAGACAGAAAUUGACGCAAAAUUCACAACCGAAGCCGUUCGAAACUUUGAAGAAGUAAUACAUUCUCAAACAGAGGUAUCUAAUCUACGGAAAUUGAAUGGCCGGCUAUUGAAUGAAUGCUCUCAACUGAGAAACCAAAGAAAUACACUGGAAGAUGAUAAAAUACAGUUGGAAUCAAAAUUAGAAACUAUAAUCACCGAACAAGAACAACAGAAGAACGCUUUGAUGCUGAUGGGUGCUCUUUUAGAAAAAUUAAGUGUAAAGAAUGACGAUGACGACACAUCAAAUCUUGGAAAUAAAACGGCUUGAUGAUCUUGGCUGCGAAA